AUGGACCGGGGUGAGCGCCUCGGCCGCGCGCUGGACGCCUUCGGAGGCGACCUGUGGGCGCUGGUCGACGCCGCGCUGGACGUGGCCGCGCGGGACUGCCCCGACGAGCUGCGCGCACGCCGCGACGGCAUCGUCGAGCGCCUCUACGCCGCCGCCGCCGCCGGCUGUAGCAACUGCGCCGGGCGUCCGCCGCCUCUUGCUGCUUUAGCAGCGGCGGGGCUGGAUGAAGAGGGCGGCGAGGAGGCGGCUCCGGCUUCUCCAGUGGUGGAGGCUGACGCCCAAGCCGGUGGCGCAGAGGAGCUCGGCGCCGGCGCCGGCGCGCCCGGGCUCGAGAGCAAGAUCGUGGCCAUCAGGGACUUCUUGGAUGACCCCAAUCAGCCCGAGGACGAGCUGGUGCGCUUGCUGCAGAACCUGGCAGACAUGGACGUCACCUACAACGCCCUCCAGGCGACUGACAUCGGGCGGCAAGUGAAUGGUCUGCGCAAGCACCCUUCCGCUGAGGUCAAGCGACUGGUGAAGCAGCUCAUCAGGAAGUGGAAGGAGAUAGUGGACGACUGGGUGCGCCUGCACAAUUCCGGCGGUGACGGCAGCGCCACGGUUAUGACAGCUGAUGGUGACUCUCCAGAUAAAAUCCAAGGCAGGAGCCACCAAAGCCCUCGGGUUUCAGGAUUUCAGUAUUCUCCCAGCCCACAGAGGCAAAAUGGUUCAGCUUCAGAGAGGGCUAACAAUGGGUUUGAGUCAACAAUGGAUGCAAAGCGUAGGGCCAGCCCUGUACCAGCACAUCAUAAUUCCAAGCAGAUGAACAACAACCAUAAUUCUACUACUAGUACAUCAUCUGCUCCAGCUAAAGUGACAAGGGAGCAAAGGCAGAGUCUUUUGGACCUUGACAAGCUUGACUCUGCUAGGAAGAGGCUCCAGGAGAAUUAUCAAGAAGCACAAAAUGCCAAAAAGCAGAGGACAAUCCAAGUGAUGGACAUCAAUGACAUACCGAAGCCGAAGACCAGAAACGCCUUCAUCCGCAAGAGCAGCAGCGGUGGGCUCCCGGCGAGGCACUGA